GAUGAUAUACAGACCUGACAAUGGUGAAAUCCUUGGAGUACAUAUAUUUGGGCUGCAUGCAGCUGAUCUUAUCCAUGAAGCAUCUAACGCGAUUGCUUUAGGAACACGCAUUCAGGAAAUUAAACUUGCUGUUCAUGCACAUCCAACGCUGUCCGAAGUUGUUGAUGAACUAUUUAAAGCAGCCAAGGUUGACAGUCCAGCUUCAGUAACAGCACAAAGUGUAAAAGUUGCUGUAUGAACAAAGAAAAAAUAUUGAAAGCAGCCUGUAACAAAAGUUUUGUGCAAGAAGACAUUUGUACUUUACCAUAAUUCAACGACGGACAAAGAUUGAGUGUCACAUUUCAUCCCGUAUAUUUGUUUCAUGUUUUUUCUUUAAAUUGUAUCUUAGAUUUAAGAACAAAAGAAACAGAUUGUGACAGACACAUAAUUGAAAUACUAUAUUUUAUUAUAA